AUGGUUUAUGAAACACAAGCACUCAUGGGUGUUACUACACUUUUCGGGUUAGUCUAUUUUACGUUCCUUGUCGGAAUCAAAAUAGACCUGGCUAUGCUUCUGAGCACAAAGAGAAAAACAUUUUUCAUAGGCUGUUUCACUUUCGUCUUUCCUUUAAUCGUCAAUGCAAGUGUUUCUUUGCUGAUGGAGAGGUUCAUAGACAUGGACCGAAGAAUGCAUCAUUCCCUCCCGAACAUUGCAUUGGUAUUGUCUCUAACUGCCUUCUAUGAUACCUCUUGUGUCCUAGACGACUUAAAUCUGCUCAACUCAGAGAUCGGCCGUAUAUCCCUAUCCAUUUCAUUUGUCAAUGGGUUUUGCAGUUGGGCAAUCCUGUUCACCGUCUUCUCAUUAAAAGAAUUCAAUACUUUAGAUCCACAUAUAGUGAUGUUUUCAUGGAUGAGUAAAGCUCUUUUAUUUUCCUUGGUCCUAUUUUUUGUCCGUCCAUUAUAUUUAUGGAUGAUUAGAAACACCCCGGAAGGAGACAAUUUGAAGGAGGGUUAUGUCAUCUUGAUCCUCCUUCUCGUCUUGGUAGCAGCAUUUUACACCGAGUAUAUUGGGGAAAAGGCCCUGUUUGGAGCCGUUCUCAUGGGAUUGGUGGUACCUGUUGGGACACCUAUAGGAGCUGCUAUUGAAAGAAAGCUCGAGUUCUUCGUUACUCUUGUGCUCUUGCCAGCUUUUUUCAUUGUAUCAUGUUAUCCGGUAGAUGUGUUCAACAUCCGCAUGAGGAAUUUUGCAAUUAUAGAGUUGCUAGUUUGCAUUGGUUUCUUUGUGAAACUCAUUGCAGUAUUGCUGCCUUCUCUCUACUGCGGGAUGCGUUUUCCGGACGCUCUCUCUAUCAGUCUCAUCAUGAACUGUGAUGGCAUAUUUACUCUUUUGCUUAUGACUCGUUUACUUGAGAUGAAGUGGCUUGAUAAGGAAUCUUACACUAUUAUGAUCCUCACGAAAGCUUGGAUAUCAAUGAUAGCCACACCAUUAGUGAAACGUCUGUAUGAUCCUUCAAGGAGGUAUGCAGGUUACAAGAGGCAAAGCAUCCAAGAUCUUGUAAGCCUGGGAGAGCUCCGCAUAGUUGCUUGUGUUUACGACGAAGACACGGUUCCGGGCAUACUUAAUUUCCUUGAAGCCAUUAAUCCAGUACAAGAUUGCACCCUAUGCAUCUAUGUUCUGCACCUCGUUGAGCUAGUUGGGCGUGCAGCAUCUGUCCUGGUCACCCAUAAGCAGCGUAAAAAUAGAUACUCCAGUAGAGCUAGGAAUACGUCAGAGAAAAUUAUUAAAGCCUUCCACCACUUUGAACAACAUAAUCCAGGCUUCCUCAUAGGACAAGCCUUCACAACAAUCUCACAAUUCUCAGGUAUGUACAAUGAUGUAUGUCACCUAAUAAUGGAUAAGAGGGCCGCGCUGGUGAUCAUACCCUUCCAUGAGUCAGUUGAGCAUCCCUUUCGGCUAGUCACCCAGAGUGCAUUGCAGAAAGCACCUUGUUCAGUGGGUAUCCUCUUUGACCACAUAAAUGGUUCGAGAUCUAUUUUCGAUAUUGGCAUAAAAUAUGAAAAUGUGGCCUUGAUUUUCAUCGUAGGGCCUGAUGACCGAGAGGCACUAACAUUAAGUAUGAGAAUGGCGAUGAAUUCUAACGUCAAGAAAACGAAGAAAGACGAUGACGUGAUACAGGAUUUGUGGGAUAAAAUCAUGGACGUGGACAAUAUUAUGUACAAAGAAGAAGAGGUAACAGAUGGUGCCGAUACAGCUUGUAAACUCAAAGCCAUUGAAACCAGCUAUGACUUCAUAAUGGUGGGAAGAAGACAUGAUAAUAGUUCGCGGAUCUUAUUAGGGCUUGAUGAAUGGUGUGUGUACAAAGAGCUUGGUGUUAUUGGAGACCUUUUCGCGACCUCUAAUUCACCGGGAAAGUUUUCAGUUCUAGUUGUGCAACAAUAG